AACCUAUAUAAAACGGAGAGCUCUGCAUAAUAACGCUGACGAGAGAAUCAAUGCCAGCAAGACAUGUUGCUUAUUAACAAUUUCCAUUGUUCUGUUAACUGUCUGCAAAUAUAUACAUGUAUAUAUGUCUCAUGCAUGUAUAUACAAUGCUUGUAUUUAUAUAUAAAUAGAACACAGAGAAACUCAAGAGCGAAAAUGGCGCAGAGUAUCCAUUUUGAAAAAUUUUGUGCGUAGGGCUUUUUGCGGAUCAUAUUUUCCUGAGACAAAUUACACGAAUGUGUGCAAGUGGGUUUUAUUGUUGUUGAGAAGGGCUUAUUGUAGGUGUUUAUCCCCUGUUUUGCCUGCCUGUAUGUAUAUAAAAAGAGAAAGAGGGAUGAUAUUUUAGCAGUUGAGGCGAUUACUGGAUACGGAAUGGAUUCUGCAAGGAGUUGGUUUCAGAAGCUACAGCCACGAGAUAAGUUGAGAAGUUCAACUAGGAAAAAAGAUCCCAUUGGUAGCAGUUGUGCUGUUGUUGGUGCCGGGGGUUUUGGUGCAGGAGGAGGAGGAGAAAAAGAAGACAUGAUUUCACAAAAUGAUGAAGAAGCUCUUUCCAAUAUCACCAAGCAGAAGGUCGCUGCUGCAAAGCAGUACAUUGAGAACCAUUACAAAGAACAAAUGAAGAAUCUACAGGAGAGGAAGGAGAGGCGAAUUAUAUUGGAGAAAAAGUUGGCUGAUGCUGAUGUCUCCGAGGAAGAUCAAAACAACCUACUUAAAUUCUUGGAGAAGAAAGAAACCGAAUACAUGCGUCUUCAGAGGCAUAAAAUGGGUGCUGAUGACUUUGAGUUACUGACGAUGAUUGGCAAGGGUGCAUUUGGGGAGGUUAGAGUUUGCAAAGAAAAGACAACUGGUAAUGUAUAUGCCAUGAAAAAACUCAAGAAAUCAGAGAUGCUUCGAAGAGGCCAAGUUGAGCAUGUGAAAGCUGAAAGGAAUCUGCUUGCAGAAGUCGACAGCAAUUGCAUUGUCAAGCUUUACUGUUCUUUUCAAGAUGAUGAUUUUCUUUAUCUUAUAAUGGAGUAUCUACCUGGUGGAGAUAUGAUGACUUUAUUGAUGAGAAAGGAUACCUUAACUGAAGAUGAAGCAAGAUUUUAUGUUGCAGAGACUGUUUUGGCUAUUGAAUCCAUUCAUAAACACAACUAUAUUCACAGGGAUAUCAAGCCUGACAACUUACUACUUGAUAGAUUUGGACACUUGAGAUUGUCAGAUUUUGGGCUUUGUAAACCAUUAGACUGCAGUACUCUUCAAGACGAAGAUUUCUCAAUAGGGAACAACACUAAUGGAGCCGCACAGAAUGAUGAUAAACCAGCUGCUCCAAAACGCACACAGCAAGAGCAACUACAACACUGGCAGAAAAAUAGGAGAAUGCUGGUAGUUUCUGCUGUUGCCCUUCUCUCUCUGUGUGAUGUCAUAGUGACUUGUCAAUUUUUCUUCUGUAGAGGUAAUCCAAGUAGAGCUAAGGAGCUAUUGAUAGUAAACUGGAGAACUCAUCUAAAGUUUCCUGAAGAAGCAAAGUUAUCACCAGAAGCAAAGGAUCUUAUUAGUAAACUCUUGUGCAAUGUCAAUCAGAGAUUAGGAUCAAGAGGUGCAGAUGAAAUAAAGAUUCACCCUUGGUUUGAUGGUACUGACUGGGAUAAUAUAUACCAAAUGGAAGCUGCAUUUAUUCCUGAAGUCAAUGAUGAAUUGGAUACACAAAAUUUUGAAAAAUUUGAAGAGUCUGAAAACCAAACUCAGUCAACAUCAAAAGCUGGUCCCUGGAGGAAGAUGCUAUCAUCAAAAGACAUCAAUUUUGUGGGUUAUACAUACAAGAAUUUUGAAAUCGUCAAUGAUUAUCAAGUGCCUGGGAUGGCUGAGUUAAAGAAGAAAAGCACCAAACCAAGCAGGCCAUCCGUCAAGUCACUUUUUGAGGGUGGAUCAGGAUCGGAAACAGAAGAGCAUGCUGCUUCUAGUCAACCUGUUCAAGGGAGUUUUUUAAACCUCUUGCCUCCCCAGUUAGAGAUAUCCCAGAAGCAGAAAGGGUCCAUCUAACUUGACCCCAGUCUCUUAAUAGUUCCGGCUUAUAGUCCAUGCUGUAAAGUGAGAUUUGGGUGCCAACUUCUCAUUCUUAAAGCUCCCCUCUGUAUUUCAGAGGCUGGGUCAUGGAAGAGUUCAGGGCCUCAUUACAAGCUCGAGAUGGGUGGAAUCAACUAAUCAUGUGUAUAUGAGAAUUUGGCAUGUUCUUUUUUCCUCCAUAGAAGACUCAAACAAACGAUUGACACAGAAGCCAAUGGAAAGUGAAUAGUAAUUCAUUUUUUGAUUGAUUGAUAUAUUAUGUAAUUUAUAUAUACAUAUAUAAUAUAUUUAUAUUUUCUUACAGUUUUCCAAAA